AUGUCCACGCCCAAACUACCACUAGAGAUCAUUGAUAGAAUCGCUUCGUUUGUUCCAAGAGAUGAUAUGCCUAAAUACACUUUAGUGUGCAAAGCAUGGAAAGAUAUAUUUGAAAUUGCCAUGAUGACAAAAGUCUCUAUAACCCUGGCGAAAAGAAGUGAAUUUACCUGGAUUUUCUAUGAUCUUUUUAGAUCCCAAAAGAACUAUGAAAAAGGUCGUUACGCCAAAGAAUUGACUCUGGAUCCACUCUUAUCCCUACGCGAAAAAAAUUAUGGCGCUAUCCAGAAAAACCUUCCGAAUAUUAAAUAUCUCAACAUGGGCAUCUUAAAUCCGGUUCCGCUCAUGGAUUCAGAAAUAUUCAAAUGGAAUGCUUGGCCGAAUCUAAGAGAGCUCCAAGCUAUCUUUGACAUAAGUUACCUACAAAAUAAACCAAAAGUUGUUUUGGCGACCCUUAAACAACUCUCCGGUCUUCGCCGACUUAAGCUUCAUGCAAGAACCAUAGAUAAAAAUGCGUUUUUAGAUCAAUUCUCGACAAUAUACAGCGGAGAUUUAUUCAGUGCAGAAGACAUGGAAGCACUGCACGAAUACCUCCCGAAACUUCAAUAUUUAAACAUAAACAUCAAUUUUGCCAAGGAUUGUGACGGAAUAUCAAUCGACAGAAUCUCACCAGCAACAGACAUGGACGAAUUUAUAGCCACUAUAAGCAAUGUUUCUCCUUCAUGGCUAUGUUAUUUCGCCCAAAAAUACCGAAACCUGAGGAUACUAAAGCUUGGCUCCAGUAGUCCAACGAAAGUUUCGCUUGAAUAUACAGAUCCGUUCACAGAAAGAAACAUGUCAAUACUUUUCAGACCUACCUCCACAUGCACUAAAUUACUACUACUAUGCAUUCAUGAAGAUGAAGAUGAAAGAAAAAGGUACACACAGCCGGCAAUAUAUUGGAACGCUCUCAGCUCAUCCAGACAGAAAGCGUGCUUCAUAAAAUACAACCCAUUGUUUAGCUCACAAAGUAUAUAUGACUACACAAGAGACGUUAUACUUCCACUGCGUUUGUGUGCGUCAAAAAUUGAAAAUCUCGUCAUCCAAGUAAAGACUGCCUAUAUUGCACCAUCGCCAAUAAUAGAAACACUUACUAUAUGCCCACACCUGAGGGAUUUGGACAUCAAAUGCGAUGAAAAAGACGUGGAGUUAGAUACGAUUUUGGAUAUAUGCACUAAGCUGGAAACACUAAUUAUCGAGUGUGGAUCAGUCAUUUUAAGAAAACCAAAGUCUAUUGAUUCACCUAAACAUAUACUACUUACAUUAAGUAUGAUUAAGGUCGAAAUCGAAGCCGAUGUCCUUUCCUACAUCUCAUAUCGCUGCCGAGGCCUCCAUUAUAUGAAACUUUAUAAUGUGGGUGUAAAACGUUCGUUUUUUCCCUACACCGGAGAGUUCUGUGUAUCCAUGCCGCACACGCAUUUUCGGGAGCUUUGGCUUUAUGGACUACAAUUUUAUUAUUCAGACAGUAUCAAUGGAAACCAAAAUAUAAACUUUGUAUUGAUUCCAAAACAUACCCAAGAAAUUCAAAGCCGGACUACUGUCUCUACUUCUACUCCCAUGAGUGCUUUUGAGUAUUCGAUGGAUGCUUCUGAAUAUUAUUGGAGGAACAUAUGCUCAAGAAUAAAGUGCUUAAAGUUUCCCGAGUACUAUGUACGAGAAAUGAAAGACGAUGAGAUUAAGCGUGCCAGUCAAACUUUUAAUCGACUCCAAUCCGAGGAUUCAAAGGAUAAACUGGAAAGCAAAAAUCGUGAAACUGAUCAAAGGGUCUAUGGAUGGGAACAUGACCUCUACAAAGGAUAUGUAUUAUUUAAAUGUGGUUCCGUAAAGACUCUUACUUACAAAGGACUUUUAACAAACCCGCCACCAUGGUUUUUAUGA